GAUCUUCAAGCGGAGAUCGAGAGCCACAGGGAUGUGUUCUCGAGCCUGAGCGGAAGCGGGCGGAGUCUGUUGAGCUCGUUGGGCUCCCAGGAGGAUGCGGUCAUGCUCCAGCGGAGACUCGACGAGAUGAACCAGCGCUGGCACCACCUCAAGGCCAGGUCCAUGGCCAUCCGGAACCGGUUGGAGAGCAAUGCUGAGCACUGGAACGCUCUCCUUCUCUCCCUUCGUGAACUGGUUGAGUGGGUCAUCAGAAAGGAUACUGAGCUUACUGGACUCGGUCCGAUCGCAACUGACGUAAAUGCUUUACAGAAACAACAGGAUGAUUAUCGCGCUUUCAGGCGGCAACUAGAGGACAAGAGGCCGGUUGUCGAAAGCAACUUGUUCAGCGGGAAGCAGUACAUCGCAAGUGAGCCUCCACUCUCGGAUACCAGUGAUCAGGAAU